AUGAAGCGCGACAGCGACGACACUGGCCACGACGUGUUCUGCCUGUCCAAGACGGCCGAGAACCAGCUGACGCGGUCGCUGCGCAAUGAAGAGAGCGGCCGCACGCGCCACACGGGCCGCGACGACCGCGCGACGACGGAGCAAGUGCUGGACCCGCGGACGCGCAUGAUCCUGUACAAGAUGCUGAACCACCGCGUGGUGACGGAGAUCAACGGCUGUCUGAGCACGGGCAAAGAGGCGAACGUGUACCACGCGCGGCUCGCAGACGGCCGGGAAGGCGCGUUGAAAGUCUACAAGACGUCUAUUUUGGUGUUUAAAGACCGGGAGAAGUACGUCUCGGGCGAGUUUCGCUUCCGACAUGGCUACUCGAAGAGCAACCCGCGCAAGAUGGUCAAGUUGUGGGCGGAGAAAGAGAUGCGCAACCUGCGGCGGCUUCGGGACGCCGGUAUUUACUGCCCUGCGCCGAUUCUCCUGCGCUCGCACGUGCUGCUCAUGGACUUUAUCGGUCGCGACGGAUGGGCUGCGCCGCGGCUCAAAGACGCCAAGAUCAGCGACAAGCGGUACCGAGAGUGCUACCUCUACUGCAUCAAGAUGAUGCGCACAAUGUACCAGAAGUGCCGCCUCGUGCACGGCGACUUGAGCGAGUACAACAUUCUGUACUACCAGACAAAGCUCUACUUUAUCGACGUGUCGCAGUCCGUUGAGCACGAGCACCCGAGCGCGAACGACUUUCUGCGCAAAGACUGUCGGAACAUUGCCGACUACUUUCGCAAGACGGGCGCGCUGAACCCCAUGACGACGCAGGAGCUGUUUGACUUUGUCACGGAUCCGUGCAUUGCCGACGAGGACGUUGACGAUUGCCUUGAUGAGAUCCAGUGCCGGAUUGCCGAUCGACCAGUGGAACGCACGAACCAAGAGCAGGUGGACGACGCUGUGUUCAUGAACACGUUCAUUCCUCGCUCGCUCGGCGAGGUGCUGCACUCGGAGCGAGAGCAGCUUGCGUAUCAGCAAGGAACGAUGGAAAAAGCACUGGUGACGGCCAUCUCGCGCCUCGAAGUGGAUCAACGAGUAAGUGUGCCGCCUUCGUCCAUGCAAGGCACGCGUAUCAUGGACUUGUUGAACGAAGAGGAUGACCGAGAGCUUGAUUCUAGCGACGAGGAGAGCAGUGGCGACGAGGGCGAUCAUACGGAUGACAGUGACGGCAACGACUGCGACAGUGACGGCGACGAAGAAGACAGCGACGAGGAUGAGCACGCUAGUGACGACGACCCAGCGCUUUGUGAAAAGGUCCCGCUAACCGACGAACAGCGAGCUGCGUAUCGGCAGCAAAAGCGUGAGGAACGUGAGAAGCAGAAGGAGCUUGCUAAGCUGAACAAGAAGGCACGCAAGCAGGGGACCAAGGAGGAGAAGAAGACAAAGCGUCAGACAAAGAUACCGAAGCACGUCAAGAAGCGCCACAAGAAGCUUUCACACCAGAAGAACAAAAAGUAG